AUGCUAAGCACCUGUUGAUCCCUUAUAAUGACUCUGUGAGGGGUGAGGCUGUGUUGAUCUUUCCUGGGAAGGUGAAGUUUGUCCUUUGAUAGUCCUUUCUGAGAAAUGGAUCUGGAAGUCAGCAGUCACUCAUAUGAGAUCACUACCUUCGAGAAGCCGCUCUGCAAGAUGUGGGGGUGCAAGCUAGAUGCUGGGAACCCAACUUUCACAGUUGACCUCGUAAAGGAGUGGUUGGGUGAGCAGCAGCUGUGUCUGAAGACGGUCUGCCUAUCGGGGAGUGCCAAGGAGGAGUUCCAUACGGUGGAGCUUUUGGUUCCAAAGAAUGGCAAGGAAACUGCUCCAGUCCACUUGGCCACCCUGAAGCCUUCAGUGCUCCCAAUGGUCAGCCUAGUUGGAUUUGAUAUGAAUCUUCCUGUCACGUUCAGACUAAAAUCGGGAUGUGGACCUGUCUACCUUUCUGGGCAGUAUCUGACAGAUGGCCCAUACUGGAGUGAGGAGGAAGAUGAGUCCCAGGAAGACCAAGAGAUGGAGGCAUCUUCCAAGGACGACUCUCCCGUAAAACUUGCCAGGCGUCCCUCCGCCAAGCAUGCAGCCGUAACCAAGGAGCGACAAGAGCAUCCUCAGCAGAAAGGAACAAGGGACAGAAGAAGCCAGCAGCAAGAGGAGACUUGAAUAUAUGAAUUCUGAUGGAAGGUCUUUGGGUCAAAGCAUCUGGAGCUACACAAUGCCACUAAAAGAAAUAAAAAAUGUAUUCUA